CUAUCGUCGCCUACCUGGCUUUGUCGAAACGAACAGCUCAUCCGUUGUGUAUGAGAAUGCAUACCGACGGCAUCGUCUCCGGAACACGGCGCCUACGAGCUCGAUGACGUAGAUCUCCCCUCUUUGGUCCCCUAUUCCCAGACUAUUCGACUGCCUCCAGCCCUCCAUCCUAUCCUUUCACUCUCUUCUUUCAUGAGAUGAGCAGUCGAGCGUGCGCGUGCUUAGAACAUCCGCUAUCACAAGAUGCGAGGAGAGCAGAUGCGUCUGGCGUGUGUUGUCUUCAUAUGGGCGAUGAAAAGCAACGCUCCGCAUCCGGUUCUGGGAAGCUAAUAUCGCUCACGGAGCCUGUGACUGUGGCACAGGAAUGAAUGCGGGGAACAGUGCGGAGAAGUGGUGUCUCGCGCGUACAACUAAGUAUACCACACAUACCCGAGGGUGCUUCGACAUUCGCGGUGUUUCCUAGCCCUAUUUACUUCUUUACUUGGCCUAAUCUCCAUCCGGUGUGUCGCUUUUGCCUUGUUUUCUCUCCCUUCCAGGUCUCCUUUACAGCCUUCGUUGUCCACAAUUCUCGGCUUCCAUCCAAGUAUAGCAACAUGGAAAACAAAGUACUCGUUUCCCAGGCAGGUUUCCAGCAUACUAAUGCCAAGCUCUCCAGCCCUGUUAUGGGUGCCACGAGCCUUGAACGCGUGGCUCCACGAUCCAGGAUGGGCGGACGGGCCGGUUCCUGGAGGAGCGAGGCGACGCCGUCUGAUUGGCUGGGUUCCUUGUAUGACCGCAAGCCACCAGCACCCUUGGCGAUCGCGCCAACCCCUUCCGAAUGUGACAUCAGUCGCAGCCCUACAAUUCACCCUUACCAUCGAUGUCUAUUUAAUAUCAAUCUAUUCAUUCCCUUGGAGUUUGUCGCACACGUUUACUCAUAUUGUGAAACUUACCAGACUUUGGCACACCUCUCCCUUGUACACCUUUCGCUUUUCUGCUAUUCUUAUUCCCCUGCAUACUUAGCGCCAUAUUGCAUCAUGGACAGCAUCAAGAAAUUUACGGCCAAGCUCAAGUCCGCCUCCUGCUUCGGAACCUCCGGAACCAAUAAGAAAGAGACUCGUCCUUCCAACAAUGUACUCAAGAAGACGCCGCAGCAGACUGAAGACGACAUGGCAGGCCAACACCAACAACCCAUCUCCAAUGCGACAGCCACCACGUUGAAUAUCGCGUUGCAGAACAAGAGCAAUUCCAGCAAUGUCUUCGCAUACAUCACCGGCCUCGCGCUCAGCAACAAUAACCGUCCCAUUUUGAUUCAAUCGGAUGGUCACACAGUCUACAACCCGACCUCGCCCUCGCAAACGCUACAGCCUCUCGAGGUCGACUGUGCUAUUCCGCUGGGAGCACCUGGAAACACAGUCAACGUCGUCAUUCCCAGGAUAGCAGGCGGCAGGAUCUGGUUCUCCAUCGGCUCGCGCCUUACCUUCCUGAGAAACCCUGGUCCCGCAAUAGUCGAGCCUUCCACCACAAACCCCAGCGAUCUCAACUUUAACAUCUCCUGGACCUUCUGCGAAUUCACCUACAACGACGCACAGCUCUUCGCAAACAUCAGCUAUGUCGACUUCAUCAACAUUCCCAUCAGCCUCUCGCUUACGAACACCGCGGGCAAAACGCAGACCGUGCCGGGCAUGGCAGCGAACGGCUUCCAAACCGUGGUCAACGAGCUCAAGGCGCAGGCAAGCCGGGAUGGACGCCCAUGGGACCAGCUCAUCUAUUCGUACAACGGCCAGCCACUCCGCGCGAUCUCCCCAAACCAGCUGCUUGUCGGCAAUCCAAAUGCAUGGAACGGUUACUGGGACGCCUAUGUCAACCAAGUAUGGACCAAGUUCGGCAGCCAAGACAUUACCAUCAACACGCAAGCCGCCGCUGGUAACCUCAAGGGCCGCGUGAGUAACAAUCAGCUCACUCUUGGCUCCGCCGGCUCCUUUUCCAAACCGUCCGCCCGCGACAUAUUCUCCUGCUCCACCGGUCCCUUCGCCACAGGAAGCAACGCUGCGCGCAACGCCGUGAUUCCCCGCCUCGCAGCCGCGUUCAAUCGCAGUACGCUGCUUGAUACGGAUCAGUUCCCCAACGGUAGCACCCCAGCGAACUACUACAAGAACGCGACUACGAAUCACUACGCGCGCAUUGUGCACCAGGUGCAGAGGGACGGAAGGGGUUAUGCGUUCCCGUACGACGACGUGGUGCCAGAUGGCGGGAGCGAUGUCGCGGGGACGGUGUUCGAUGGCAGUCCUCAGCUAUUCACUGUUGCUGUGGGAGGCAACUAGGUAUUUAACCGCCGACAGAGCCUGGGUGGAGGAAGGUGGCGUGGAGGUUCGUUUCGGUGCUGUCCUAUAGAUUUCCCGUCUAUUUUUUGUUCCCUUACAGCUUCCUCUUUGUGCAUAUUUUACUGCUUUUGUGCAUACUUCAUAGAUGAGGAGGGAAGUGAGGCAUUUUGCUUCAUGUUCGUUAUUCUGCGAUUUCUUUGCUUGCAGUUGUACAUAGAUAUGUUUCUUCUCAAUGUCUAUAUCCUUGAAGCUCCUCCU